AUGAAGGUCUUUUCUAACGCCGUCACCUACAACUAUUCGUGGGACGAGGUCUCAUCGGCCAACUGGCAGAAAUACGGCCCCUGGAACAACAAGUCAGAGCAUGUUAUCGCUGUCGACACACUAUCACGCUCCGUCGAUCCCGCCACCGGCGUCCUUCGAACCGAGCGUCUCAUUUGCUGCAAGCAGUCUGCGCCAGAAUGGAUCAAGUCCAUCUGCGGCAAGGUAGAUGAGAGUUACGUCUACGAGGCCAGCUACGUCGACCCCACAAACAAGACCCUCACCAUGGUGAGCCAGAACUUGACAUGGAGCAACCUGGUCUCCGUGCAAGAAGAGUGUGUGUACUCGCCGCUGUCCGAGGGCGAGACCCUCUUCAGCCAGAGCGCGAGGAUCACAGCCCUCUGCGGUGGCUGGCAGAGGAUACGCAACAGCAUCGAGGACACACUCGUCACACGGUUCCACGAGAACAGCAUUCGUGGUCGUGAGGGCUUUGAGCGCGUCCUCGAGAUGAGCCGCAAGGUCUUCGCCGAGGAGAAGGAGAGGCUGCAGCGUGAGCAGAUGGUUGCGGCAUAA